UGAAGAACACACGUGGAUUUACAAUGAUAUACCUGUAUAUAUAUGGGUAUUUCCAUGAAGUUUGGCCAAGGUCACAAAUCACACCAUCACCAGUUAAAUUCAAGACUGUGCUAGGCCCACAGAAAGAAUUCAAGUAUGUUGUGUUAUUAAAAACGUAGUCUGAGCUUCAAUGUACUAUGACAGAAAAUUUGGGUUCACAUAGGCUUCAGCUUUUUGAAAUAGAAACUUUUUUCAUACAGUGUCCCAUCCGAAUUCAGCGGAAAAUUUGGGACAUUUUUAACAUGCAUUGUAUUUUCGAUUAUAAAAUCAACGAACAUUACGUAAACCCGACUUACUUUUGUAUUAAUUUCAUGCUUCAACAACCAUUGAUACGAUGCGUAUGUUUUGAUUUGCAGAGAUUCCCAUUUUCGCACAAACGUGAUUGUUUAUAAAUUAGCUGUAAAGACGUAAUGCGUGGUGUCCCCUGUUGUAAAAAUAGUUGCGUCCUGUCCGGGGGUGUACACUGUUGUUGUAAUAAUAAAUUUCCAAAAUUUAAUGUGUAUUAUAUUAGUUACGUAUUUGAAUAUUAUGUGAAUAUAAUUAUAAUUAUAUUUGCUGUUUCGUUAUUCGAUUAGAAUCAAUAAAGCAAUAAAAAUGAGUUGUGGUGUCCAUUUUAAUAUCGAUACGUCUUGAAACCAAUCAGGGUUUUCAAAGUGCACCACCCUCACUUUUGAAAUGGAUCAUUCUUAAAAUGCCUUGCGAAUCAUGUUUGAAACCCGUCUGAGAUCUGAAGAACAACUUUCUGGUCAAUAAACAUUGCGCGGGCUGCUUUCAAUUCUGGAGUCCUGUGGUUGCGUCUUGAUUUUCUUCUCGAUUUUUGUUACGUAUUGUUAUUAAUACGCCUGAAUGAAAAGAAAGGUAAGUGAAUAAUUCAAUUAUUAAUCAACCUAGUUAAAAUGCUAAAGUGUCGUAAGUCAUGUGAUUAUUUUCAAGUUUCCAAUUUGUUUUUAUUAUUGCAGAAAUUUUGACAAUUCUGAUUUAGAAUUAAAUUUUGCCUGGUUUGGUUUUGAUUACGUCUUGAUCGGAAAUAGCCUAGGCCCUAGACAUUUGUCUGUAAUUCUUUGGAAUUAAUAUAUUCUUUGGUGAUGUAAAAUAAUUAAAGAUUGUUGUACAUGUUUUCGCUAUUCUAUAUUAUUUAUUAUUAUAAUAUAAAAUAACAUUAUGUAGGGGAAUUGUAGGGACGUAUCACGAGCCAGGACAGAUGCGAUGUCCUUGGCUCGCUGGAUACGUCUUGCUGUCAUAAGAUGAUAGGAUGCAUUUUAUUUAGUGUAAUAUGUCCUAAAUAUGAUGUAAUUAAACUAAACGUUGUUUUAAAUAAACUAGGAAAAAAGUAGUAUUUGUCCGUUUAUACAAUAUUAGUUUAGGGUGAAAUUGAACCAGGACGUAUUGUAGAGGCCUGGGGAAAUGGUGUCCUUUUUGGUUCGGAUAGGCCUAGGUUAGACUAGACCCUACGUCUUUUUGAACUCCGCUUAGCCUGCGUAGUCUGACGUAUUUGCAGGUUAUUACUCUUUCCUAAAUAUGUAACAUAAUAAUAUUUUGUUUUACGUAGUGUAUAUGUAGAUUUAAUAAAUAUUUGUAGAUGAAAUUAUAGGAUUCGAUUUAAAUUUCCACGGACGUAUCGCAUGAUUGGGCUGAAACGGCGUCCAUGGAUACGUCUUGCAAGUUGCAAAUUAAGAAGGGAAAUAUCAUGUGGUUGGCCAGGUAUAAUAUUAUACUGUAGCUUUCUCGGCCGUGGACAAUCUCGAUCAAUGAGGCCUAUCAUGGGUAGCCGAUAAUUGUUUUUAUUGUUUACUUUUAUUAAAUUAUAAAAGCAUAAUUAAGUGUUCACUUUCAAAUUAAAAUUUAAUCUCAGGCUUGCCCUAAAUCUAAAAUAUAUAUAUUUUUUUAAAUAAAACUAUGUUCACAUUAUUACAUUGACAAAUUAAUAUAUUAAGUUAGGUGGCAUUUCCAAUAAAUUCCACAGAAUAUCAGAUUUUUUUGGGAUCCUAAAUUAUUGUAUAAUAAAUACAUUUGACAAUCUUAAAAGCAAUACAAAAAAUAAUUUAAUAAAUUGUAUGAAAUUUCUUGCAUUUCAAGCAUCUCAUUUUCUAUUUACAAUCCAUACUACAGGUGGUAUGUCUUAUAAGCUACGAAUAAACCUUCGAUUGAAACCUUCAACAUCAAGUGAGCCUACACCGGAUAAUCAUCCAUGUACUUCAACCGGUACUGCAAAAAAACCAAACUGGUACCAGAGACUAAAGCAAAAUGAUCCUGAAGGAUAUGAAGCCCACAAGAAAAUUGAUGCAAUUAAGUCAGUUCUCUGGAGAGCCAGCCUUACUGGGGAUAAGAAGAAACAUUAUAAUGAGAUGUCAGCAAAAAGAAUGAGGGAAUAUAGGCAAAGGAAGAAAGAGGCUGCUGUAGCUACACCGGUGUUAAAAAGGAAUAGAAAAAAGAAGAAUAAUGCGACAACAAGGCAAAGUGAAAGAGAAAAGGAAGCAAAAAGAGAAAAAGAAAGAGAAAGAAAAAGAGCACAAAGAGCAGCGCUGAGUCAAGCUAAGAGGGAAGAAAUCAAUCGAAAGCGAAGGGAGAAUCCUAAUAUCAAAAUUGGACUAAAAAAGUUCUAUGAACUAAGGCCAUCACAUAUUAAGACUGUUGGCACCAUGAAGUACAGAGGCUGCCUGUGUGAAUAUUGUACUAAUAUUGACUUGAAAGUCACAGCAAUUAACAAUAUUGCACAUAGGUGGAAUAUGCCAUCACCGCUCCAGGGCGUCUAUGACGUAGCACGCCUAUCGAUGUGUUUGAAAGAGGGGCAGUACCACAAGCCAGCUUGUAUAGCGAGGGAAUGUGUUGAUUGUGGAACAAGUCAACUUAAAUGCCACCUGAAGCCCAUCAAAAUUUCACAAGGGGAGAAACCAAUAAAAUGGAGAAAGUGGGAGAAGAAAUCUAUCCAAACCAGUGGCACAACAGAAUCUCGACAAGUGAUCAUUACGAAGGAGGGCACCAUAAACGAAUGUAUUGAGGAACUAGUCGAGGCAUCUGAGCAGAUAUCCACUCAUCUUUUUAAUGCUUCCUGGCAAAAUCAACAAUUCUCGCAAUUGACAAAGAAUCUACCAACUGGCUGGGUGGUUAUGGUACUGGACUUAGCCGAGAAUUAUACCUGCAAAUACCAGGAUGAAAUCCAGUCAGCCCAUUGGUACCACACCAAUGCAACAGUCCAUCCUAUUUUAGCAUAUUAUGCUUGCCCCCUUUGUGGUGAAACUAUGGAGGAAUCUAUAGUUUUUAUCUCACUGGACAAGUCCCACGACUUCCAUGCUGUUAACAAGUUCAUGGAAAUAGCUGUGUCCCAUUUAAAAAAACAACUUGGUAAGACAAUGAAGCAGAUAGUCAGGUUUUCAGAUGGCUAUGGAGCUCAGUACAAGAGCAAGGGACCAUUUUUUGACAUAUCCUGUGCUGAAGAAAAGUACAACAUCAAAGUCCACCAUGUAUUCUAUGGCUCCAGGCAUGGAAAAGGUCCCAGUGAUGGGGAAAGUGCGGUGGUAAAGCGCCAAACAUCAAUGGCUGUUUUAGGAGGCAAGGCAGUAAUCAAUGACGCCAAAGGCCUGUUUGAUUUUUGUGUCCUUAAUGUAACCAAGAAACCAGUAGCCAUAGAUGAAUGCCUUCACUUCCAAAGAAAGUUCUUCUACACUGAUAACAUCGAUCAUGAUCGUGGCAUCAACCCUGUGAAUCUCCGUACAGUCAAAGGAACCAGACUCAUUCACAGCGUAAAAUGUAUUGAACCUGGCCUGAUAUCAACCAGAAACCUGUCAUGCUUUUGUGCUCCAUGCGCUAAAGAAAGUGGUAUGUGUCAAAAUGCUGAAUACGUGAAGGAGUGGAAGCAAGCUACGAUAUGUGAUGCAGCCAAACUGCCAAGCAUUAUGCAAGUUCGAGAAAGCCAGGAUUCCGAUGCACUGGAGAAGGACUUGAUUGAUGCUACUGUGGAGGACUUGAGUGAUGCUGCAGCUGAUAUUAUUAACGAUGAAGCCAAUUUGCAUGACAUAUGUGUGCAAGAUUUUGUUGCUGUGAGAGUAAAAAAUACUGGAAAGAAAGCAAGAUCUGAUGAAUUGCAUGUUGCCCAGGUUGCAUCUGUACUUCAGGAUGCUUCAUAUGGCCUGUCAUACAUGGUGAAGAUGAAAAGCAGCAGGCAGCAUUACACAUGGCCACAGGGUGACGAAGUAUUCUUCAUACAUCCUCUAUGCGAUAUCGUUACAAAACUUGAUGCGCCAGAACCAGUUGCUGUGGGCUCACGAUUAUCCUUCAAAUUUGACAUGUCCCAAGCUCAGAAACUUUUUAAUGAAGAGUAGAAUGUAGUUUAGUUUCUAGAGCCCACAGAUUGUGUACUCCUGAUAAACUUCAAACAGAGCUUAGUAACAU